AUGGACGGCCGAGGAGGACGAGCUGCUCGUGAAGUGCAUCGCGGAACACGGCGACGGCAACUGGAGCGCCAUUCCCAGGAAAGCCGGUACGUGCAUGUAGCUCGCACAGAAUGGUUGCAGCGGUGCGGCAAGAGCUGUCGCUUGCGAUGGACCAACUACCUGCGGCCCGACCUGAAGCGAGGCGCGUUCACGCGCGACGAGGAGGAUCUCGUCGUGCGCCUGCACCGUCAGAUGGGCAACCGUUGGGCGAAGAUCGCGCUCGAGAUGCCGGGGCGCACCGACAACGACAUUAAGAACCACUGGAACACGCGAUUGAAGCGGCGGCUGAGGGACCUCGGCGUCGAUCCCGACUCGCACCUCCCGCUGCCCUCCGCGCCGCCCCUGCUCGCCCCCUCUAGCCUCCUCGCCACCGCGUUGGGGGAGGACCCGCGAAAGGGAGUCUCCGCGGGGCCUGCUCCGCAGGCAGUAGCUGCGGCGCAAAGCGCAGAUGAUUCUCUGUCAAAACGUCGUCGAGUGGAUGAGGCGAUUCACGACGCUGGUUUCGCGUCGCCUACCAGUUCCUCCUCCCGGAUCCUCCCUCUCCUCCAUGCCCCCGCUGCUCCCCGCCCCGCUCCCCGCGCUGCACCUCCCGGUGCACCUCCCUCCCCGUGUAGCCUCCCCCCUUCCGCCGUCACUUCGCCUUUCGCACCAGCGGGAGAAGCUUCUCCUCGUACUCCCUCCGCCGACGACGAUAGUCCCUCCGCCUCCUCCGCUUCCCCCUGCGACAGCCCUUCCGCUCACUUCCCGGCCAGCCCGGCACUGCCUUCUGAGCCCCUUGCGCCUGUUCCCUUGGCGGUGUCCGCGCGCACAGCGCCAGCGGUACUGGCGGAAGCGAAGGAAAAAUGGCGCACUCCGCGCCCAGGCCGCGCAUGGCGAGAGGGGCCUUGCGUUGACGGGGAAGAUCAAGAUGGUGCCUGCAGAGGCGCGGGACGGGCGGGGUACGGGCGGAACGAAGAGAGAGGGGAGAUGUGCGCUGGGAUGGGACAAGGGGGCGAGGAGAAGUUAGGUAGCAACAUCGCAACCGCCACAGUCCCCACAGGCAUCACUAACAGUCAGCCGAGCAGGGGCGUGAGUAAUACUAUGGCAAUGCCGCCCCCUGCGUGCUUAGAAGCUGGCCUGACUAGGUCACAGCCAAGCACUCAGGCUGCGUUGACACGGCUCACUGCAGUGACUGGUGGUGCAGGGCGAGUGAGAGCAGGGUUCAGAAUGCCGCCUCGGCUCAUCAUCCCGUGCCUUCCUGGGGACACUGAGGCAGACGCUACUGUCAGCGCUGCAGCUGAGAUGGACGUUCCUGCAGGUCUGGGUGCGGGUGGAGGGAGCAACCUGGCAGGCGCGACGGCUGAUGCCACCAUAGCGUCUGUGAAAUUGCUCAGCCCCCUCGCGCUUAUCAACAGUAUCGCGUUGUUCGUCGCGUGUAUCUCGCUCAAUGCGGGGCCGUCACGGAUGGUCGCACUUUGCGAGAGCGAAGCGUGGGGCCUUUUGAAGGUCCAGCUUCCUGGCAAGAUGCCGUCAGUUGAAACGGAGGACGACGCGGUGGUGGAGGUGUCGUCUGAUGAUUCCAGCCAGGAUCAGAGUCCAGAAGAGGGACGAUUGCCCGUCGGUUUAGAAGUCGAGGUGCGUCAGCUGGAGGAGGGUUUGCGCGGGUCAUGGCACCCGGCGGUGGUGGUGGGCGUGGAAGACGGCUGGCGCGUCGUGCAGUACCAGGAGCUUAUCACAGACGAUCUCUCCGAGCCGCUCGUCGAAGCCAUCCCUCUCGCGUCUUACUUUACCUCGGGAACUCCGUGCCAGGCCCCGCCACCCGAUUCCCCAUGGAAAACCCUGAUCGAUUCCGCAAUGGCGAAAUUCGCGAAGCUGGUCACAGCGGACGGGGUGAACGGUCGCGCGGUGAAGCCGGUGCUGCGGCCGCGCCCGCCGCAGGAGCACGUGCCGUCGUACCGGCGGUGGCGCGCGGGCGCGCCGGUGGACAUGCUGUGCAACGACGCGUGGUGGGAGGGGUACCUCCUCGCGGACGUCGUGCGCGUGGGCAAGCGCACGGAGGUUCCCGUGGAGUUCCCCGACGAAGCGACGUCCGAAUCGGUUGCGAUCGGUUUGUUGCGGUUCGGGCAGGAUUGGGACGAGCGCACGGGCGAGUGGCGGCCGCGGAAGGUGGAGGGGGUUGCGGGGAGGAUUGCGGGCGGAAGUGGAAGCGCGGAUUGUGAGAACGGCACAGCGAGACUUAGCUUGAAGCCGCGCGGGGAUGGUAGAGGGGUUGAGAACGGUGCGGUUAGCAGCGAGCGCGCGAAUGAGCAGAUAUCCUCGAUAGUACCUGAUUCAGGGGCUAGUAUAGAUAGAGGUUCCGACGUAGCGCCCGAUGCUGUUUCAGCUGACACUCCCAAGGUGGUCGCUGGUGGUCCGGAUGCCACUACUAGGGCAGACAUGGGGCGUUAUAGCGGCGGGAAGAAGAUCAGACGCAGGGACACAGGCACGGGGCUGGGCGUGCUGCAUUCACGGGGCGCAGGGUCGCAGCACGUACGGGAGGUGAACGAAGUGUCUGAUGUGAGCCAGGCGAGAGAAGGGAGAGGGGUGAGGGAAGUCAGAGUGGCGGGAGAGGCGGGAGAGGCAAGUGGGGUGAAUCAGCACGUGGCUGGGUCGCCCUUGGACAGGUUUGCGCCGAGGGGAAAGCGCGUGGUGGAGCAGAAGAGGUUGCGCGUGAGAGAGGCGCCUGGGGCAGCGGACGACGCUGCAGGAGAGGCAACCGCGGGGGGUUUUGCGCUGGACUCCGCGGAGCACGCAGGCAGCGCGGACGUUCCCCCCGCGCGCAGGGCUCCCGCGCACAAGAAGCACUCCAUAGCGAAGGUUUACCCGCCUGGAAGGGACCUAGCGCGUCUAAUAGACCUAGGGCUGGUGAGGGACGGGGAGGCAGUGGAAUAUAGGGACAUGCGGGAGAGGCGCGCGCUUAAGAGCGGGCGGCUGUCGCGGCAGGGCGUGACGGACAUGGGGUGGGCCGACCUCAAGGAGCUCCCCACUGGCCGCUUCUUCUGCCGCCCACAGUGCCGCACCGUUUUUUUCGGCCUGCAGCGCCUCAUAGGCAAGCCCAUCUCCCUCCCGGGCGGCUUUUCCUGGACGCUUCUGCACGCGGAGGGCCCGCGCAGCGAGGCAGGGUCAGUGAACAAAGAAGCUCGGCGGCACGACAACCUACUGAGGGAGCGGACAGGCGAGGUGGAGAGGAAGCUGCGGUGCGGCAUGGAGGUGAUGCGCGAGUGCUUCCAUCCCAUCAAGGACGCCUUCACUGGCGAGGACCUCGUGCCCAUCAUCGUGCACAGCAAGAGCACAAAGCACCGGGAUUACUCGGGGUUCUACACGGCAGUGCUGCAGCAGGGCAAGGAGUCCAUCACCGCCGCCAGCAUCAGGGUGUACGGCAGCGAGUUAGCCGAGAUGCCGCUCAUCGGAACACGUUUUCGCUACCGCCGCCAGGGCAUGUGUCGCCGCCUGCUGCAGCAGAUAGAGCAGCUGCUCGCCUCCCUGGGCGUGCGCAGGUUCCUCCUGCCAGCUGUCCCCGAGGCCGAUGCCACGUGGCGCCAAGGCUUUGGCUUUGCUGACAUGUCAGCGGAGGGGCGGCGGCAGCUGCUACAGCUGGACGUGCUCGUGUUCCCGGGGACGGCGGUUUUGGAGAAGGCGCUGCCGGUGCUGCCGCCCGCUGCCGCCCCUGCCGCCCUGCCGCCCCUUGUGGCUGGGCCGGCGGGGCAGUGGAAGUUGGGAUUGGGAGGGAGAGGGGCGGCAGUGGCGGGUGGAGCAGCAGCAGGGGGGGCGGGGGGGCAGUUGGCGCCAGUAGCAGCUGAUGAAGCCAAGCCCUUGGCGCUCAUGCCUCUGGCAGCUGAGCCUUCUAGUACCACUGGUGUGCCUCCCCCCUCUGCCCCUGCCGUGCUCAUUGCGUUGCCUGCCACAUUGCAUGUCCCUGCCCUGCCUGUUGCCGUGCCUGCUGCCGUGCCUGCUGCCGUGCCUGCUACGUUGCCUGGUGAAGCCUCGGUGGCUGUGUGCGUCCCUCUGGCACUACCGGCUGUUCCUGCAGCAGAGGCGGGUGGUAUGGCGGAUGAUGGAGUGGGUGGGGAGCGUCGUGAUGUGGUUGAAGUGAAAGCAGAGGAGAAGACUGAGGGGGAGGCGGAGGGGAAUGCAGAGAGCGAGGCUGAAGGGAGGGCAGAGAGGGAAGCAGCCGGGAAUGUAGAGAUUAGUGCAGCAGACGGGGAUGCUAAUGGGAGGCAGCUGCGGGGAAGGGGUGAAGGAGCAUCUGGUGCUGUUAGGAGUGGUGCAAAGCGGUGGAGCGAGCAGCAGGGGCAGAGAAAGGCAGCACGGCAGUCCCCUAGGCUGGCAGAGUUGGAAGCGGAGAAGCAACUCAAGGCAGUCAACUCGGUCAAAGCAACCACCACCAUGAGCAAGACGGUCUCUGCGGGCAAGGCUAGCAAGGCAAGCGGCUUGAGUCACAUGGUUAGUGGUACCAGCACGAACAACACCAGCAACGUGAACAACCCGAGCUAUGGAGGGAUGAUGGGUAAUCUGGGUGAUGAAUGUGAGGGGGUGGUUCCGAGUAGGGAGUGGGGCAAGGAGGGGCGGCGAGGGCCCAUGCUGGUGGUGAUCGCCCUUGAGGCUCCUGAACGCGUGGAGGGGCCUCUGGAUGCUGCGUACUGGGCUCGGGUGGAGGAGGAUGCGAGGUGGUGCAGAGCGGUGGAGGAGGGUGAGGAAGCAGGAGAUGUGAAGCGAGAGAAGGGAGAUGAGGGAGAUGGGGGAGAGGGAGGAGAAGAGGGGGAAGAAGGGGAAGAAAAGGGAGAGGAGGAGGAGGGGAGGACACCAGGGGGGGCUGGUUGGGAAGGUGGGGAGGGGGAGGACGAAGGAGGGAUGGUGGAUGCGGAAGCAGGUGCGGGAGCACCAAAAGACAGUGCAGCAGCAGAAGCAUUUGGGGCAGAUAAAGGGGCGGAAAAGGGCGAGGGAGCAGCGCCAAUGCGCACACCCGCAGAAGCAGCAGCAGGGGCGCGAGAUGAAGCAGGGAGGCGGGCGGCAGCAGGGGCGGCAAGGGCGACAGGGGCAGGGCGGACGGCAGGGGAGCGAGGGGGGGUGAGAGCGGAGGCGCUGCAGCGGGUGGUGCGCACGUUUGGCAUCGAGGAGAUGUGGCGCGCCGUGCCUGUGGAGGUGAUGGUUAGGGCAGAUGAGGAGGAUGGGACCGAUGGGAUGGGUGAGAUGGGAGGGGCGGUUGGGGCACAUGUGGUGGAUGAAAUGGGUAUGACGGGUGUGGUGGAUGGUGGGGAUGGGUUGGUUGGGGUGGGUGAGGCAGAGAAGCUGCUGUUAGGGGGGUCGCAUGGGGAAGGGAUGGAGCUGAGUAUGGUUCAGAGCGGUAGUGGUGCUGUGUGGGGGUCUGUGCCUGACACGCCGCCGCCUGAGCUUUCUCUGCCGCCCAUUGGGAGGCGCCCUUUGGCUUUCCAGUUGCCGCCCAGUGCCUUUGAGCAUUCACCCAGUGCCACACCGUGCGCACUGCAACACUUUCAGAUGACACCUGUCUCUCAGGUGACACCUGCCUCCCAGGUGACACCUGUCUCUCAGAUGAUACCUGCCUCCCAGAUGACACCUGUCUCUCAGAUGACACCUGCCUCUCAGAUGACACCUGCCUCUCAGAUGACACCUGCCUCUCAGAUGACACCUGCCUCUCAGAUGACACCUGCCUCUCAGAUGACACCUGCUUCUCAGGUGACACCUGCCACCCAGAUGGCACCUGCCUCUCAGAUGACACCUGCCUCUCAGAUGACACCUGCCACCCAGAUGGCACCAGCCUCUCAGAUGACACCUGCCUCUCAGAUGACACCUGCCACCCAGAUGGCACUUGCCUCACAGAUGGCACCUGCCUCACACAUGCCUCUUGGAUCCAAAGAGCCAACUCGUGUUGUUUCCGAGGCGGCUCCUGCAGCCUUCCUGCCAGGAGUUGCUGCCCCUGUAUUGCCGCCUGAGGCAGGGGUAGCAGCAAGAGGAGAGGAGCCCAUGGCACGUGGUGAUCCCUGUGUGGCCGGCAGAGAGCAGGGUGAGAGGGGGAGAGGGGGCGAGGGGGAGGCAGGGGACGCGGAGCGUAGCGAGAAUGCAAACCAGCUGCUUCCAGCCAGUGUGGCCCGUGAUGCCUCCCCUGAUGCACCUGAGAGUGUGGCACAUGAAGGUGUUGCACCUGAAGCUGUGGCACCUGAAGCCCUCACCACCCCUCAUCUAUGCCAGUUCAACACCUCGUGCUGCUGCCCAGCCCUGCUGCUGUCUCCCCAGCCCUUCCCUACCCUCCGCAACACCCUCUCUCACAUCCAGUCCUUACCAUGCUUCCCGCGCCACUGUCCCCUCCCCAUGUACCUCCGCCUCCCCAUGUACCUCCGCCUCCCCAUGUACCUCCGCCUCCCCAUUUGCCUCCGCCUUCCCACUCCCCUUUACAGCUUCCCCAGUCCUUAUCACUUCCACCCACUGACCAAUCCGCCUUCCCACAAUCGCCACUCGCGCUCCCCCCCCCUUCCCCCACAGCGACCCCCCUCCCCCCGCCGCUCCCCCUCAGCUUCCCCUGGCUGCUUCUCCCUGGCACCUCCAUUCCCCCCAACCUUGCUUGGCGCCAAUCCUCCCGCCCCGGCGGAUAGGGGCAUUGAUGGUGCGGCACUUGCUGGUGCUGCUGGUGAUGGUGCUGCUGCUGGUGCUGGUGUCGAUGCUGGUGCUGGUGCUGGUGGCGGUGGCAGUGGCGGGGUGGUGGGAGGGGUGAGAUUGCGGUUGCGGCGGGUGGUGAAAUCCCCCUCUUGGCUGCUGCAGGGCGUGAGGGACACGGGGGAGGACGGGGCAGGCGAGGGGGAGGAGGGGGACGAGGCAGGGGCGAGAGGGGCGGGAGAGGAGGGGGAGGAGAGGAGGCGGAGGAGUGGGGGCGGGCAGGUGGGGGGCGAGGGGUGGGUGUAUGGGGUGGAGGAGGAGUGGGUUCCCAGCAGUGCCGUGUGCCGCAGGCGGCGGUCCGAGUCCACUCGGCGGGCUCGAGCUGUGGGGGAGAGACUAUAUGGAGUGAGGGUGGAUGGGAUUUCACAGGAGCAUCAAGAGCAGCAGGGGGAGCAUGGAGGGCGUGGUCUGCUGUCUUGGCCUCUCACGGAUGACGCCACUGCUGUUACGCGCACACCGACCGGUGUGCGGAAGAAGCGGCGAGGCAGCACUGCUGCUCUCGCCCUGGCUUCUGCUUCUGCUGCUGCGUCCCCUGCACCUGCUGCUGCUGCUGCUGCUGCUGCUGCUGCUGCUGCUGCUGCUGCUGCUGCUGCUGCUGCUGCUGCUGCUGCUGCUGAUGGCGCCACAGCUAAUGGCAUUCUCGGAGCUGCAGUGGUGUCAGCAGCAGUGUCGCCGCCCCGGCCCCAUGUCCCUUCCCACCCUACCAGCCACCGCACGUGCCGGCAGGGGUGGCGGGCAGCAGGGGGGGCCGCGCGGCUGAUAGCUUAUCGCGGCCGGGAAGUGGGUGCCGGGGAGGGUGGGUGUGAGAAGGGGUGUGGCGAUGGUGCCGGGGAUGGGGGAUUGCUGGCACGGGCAGAUGGAAGGGAGGGAGUGGCAGCGGGAGGGAGAGGGGGGGAGACAGAGACACCUGGUGUGUCGGCUGAUGGGGUCCAGCUGUCAUAUGCUGGUGGGGGUCGGGCAGGGGUGAUUGUGGCAUUGACAGCUACAGGGGCAGCGGGAGGAGCAGCAGGGGAAGUGGUGUGUGGGGCACUAGAUAGCGACAUGGGGAGCAGGGGGCAUUUGCAUGGUGGCGUUGAUAUGAGAGACAUGGGAGUUGUGGGGGAUGUUGGGAUUGUGAGGGGUGUGGGAGGGAAUGGAGCACACUAUGAAGGUGUUGAGAGCGGUGCAGGUGGCGCUCAUUUGGGUGGUGCUGGAGGGAGUGGUGCGACGGCGAGCAGCAGCGGCGUGGAUUUGAUUCUGUCUGCCUCCGCCUCGCACAGCUGGAGCAGCAGCCAUGGCGUGUCAGCAAGAGCGGCGCCAUCAGGCACUGCAGCGGGGACGGAUAAGGGCAGCUGCAGGCAUGUUAUGCUCACGCGUGGGUCACACGGGCAUGUGUCACAGACACAUGGGUCGGAGGGCCAUGCGUCUAACACACAUGUGAGUCACACAGAGGUGGUGUCUCGAGAGCGGUCUCUUCUGGCAUGUGUGAAGGACGAGCUCAUGGUGGAGGCGGCCUCGCUGGCUGCUGGUGAGACACUUGUUGGUGGGCAAGGCAGUGAGGGGCCGCUUGGGCUGGCUGAGGUGGGGGGAAGGAGACGCAGCAGCAGACUGCUGGAAGGGCAGGGGGCAAGGGAGGAGGGCGAGAAGGGCAAGGUGGGAGGAGCGGUGGGCGAGAAGGGGAAGGUGGGAGGGGAGCGGGCAGAGGAAGGGGUGGUGGGAGAGAGGAAUGUGGAGAGUGGUGAAGGGAAGCAGAGGCGGCGAGUGGGGGUGGUGGGGGGUGUUGGUGUGGCAAGAGGCGGCAGUGCUGGUGCUGCUGGUGCGGGGGAUGCGAGAGGGAAGGGGCACAGCAGCAGCAGGGGGGCAAGCGGGGCAGAGAAGCGGGUGCUGUUCCUGAAUGGAGUGGGGGCGGGGGAGAGGAGGGGGUGUGUGAGUGCACAAGGCCUUGAAGCAUCAGAAGAUGGAGAUGUGGUUGAGGUGCAGGGGGAGGAGAAGGGGAGGGAUGGCGGGGAAGAGGAGAGCAGCAGGGGAUUCGAGUCAGCAGCAGCUACACCACUCCCCCGCGCCACACUGCUGUGGUCCCCUGGCCCGCUGCUGCUCCCCCCUUCUGGCGCCCCACCCUCCCCCUGGCGCUUGGAUGGAGUGGGUGAGAAGGAGACGAAGAGAGAUGUGGAGAGGGGGAGCGAGGGGAGAGAUGUGCAGGAGGUGAGGGUGGAAGGGAAGGAGGAGGUGAUGGGGAAGGAGGGAGAGGAGGAGGGGGCGGAGGAGGAGGGACCGAUGGGCGAUGGUCCUGAUGGGUCUCCAGACAUAGCACAAGCUGGGGACAGUCUUGCAGGUGCGUGCAGGCAAGAACUGGCAGUAGAGAAGAGCAAGGGAAAGGUGGCAGAGCAAGGAGUUGUGGCAGAGCUAGGAGUUGUGGCAGAGCAAGAGGCAGUAGCAAGGGAGCCAGGAGCAGCACGAACAGGUGCAGAGGAGGGCUCAGGGAUGCAGGACUCGGCAAGUGCAUUGCCCCCGCAGGCCUCUCACACCGCGCACACCCGCCCUUCCGUGCCAACUGCCGUCUCUGCUUCGUCAUGUGGCCCGUCGCCCUUGUGUUCCCCAUUGGCCCCCUCACCCACCACACUGAUGUAUCAGAGGAGGCGACUGGCUGCUCCCCGUGAGCUGCCCCUGCGUGUGUUUGGUGAUUUUGUUGCCAAGCAGCGGGAUGCUGCUGUUUCGCCUGACAUGCGGCUGACUAGAGCUGCUGCGUCAAGAUUGCAUCUGACCAAUCAGGAUGAGAAUGAUAGGACAUUUAGGUGA